GCGGGGCGAUCAGCUGACAGGUCAACAAGCUUUUGCAAGUCGAUCAUUCGGUUGUUUAGUCACCUAUGAACGUCAUCUCUCACAUGUUAUAACGCCAUGUAUGCUUUAGGACAUACAAAAGUGCAAUAUAAAUGACAACAUCUUAUUUAUAGCGAGCGAAGAACACACAAAAAUAUAGCCAUGAUCCGUUGCAUGUUCAGUAGAAAGCUCCCCAAACUUUAUUCCAGAGUAGUACAUCAAAUUUUACGGGCAGACAGACAAGCAGUAUGCUUCAGUACCGAUCAUUGUCAGUCUAUUGUUGGGGCAGGCGGCACAACUACCUCACACAAAAAGGCACACCACUCACAGGUGCCUCCUGUUGGGAGAAACAAGUACUGCACCCAACCAGCUGAAGCACUUGUUGUAUCACCAUGUCUACAAGAUCCCAAAGAAGAUCUUUCCCAGCAUCCAGCUGUGCAGAGACUUUUCCAAGGUCUGAAAGAGGGACAUCGGGCCAGCCUGGCAGAGUCUAUUACCCUGGUGGAGUCUGUUCACAGAAGAAAGCGUGCGGCGGCCGAGGCAUUACUUCAGCUGGUUUUGGAACACCUGCAACAGAAGAGAGUCAAAUGGAAAAAACCUUCCGCCUUCCGGAUAGGUUUGACAGGCCCCCCGGGUGCUGGGAAGUCUACGUUUAUUGAGGCUUUUGGGAAAUUCCUGACUGACUCUGGACACAAGGUGGCAGUAUUGGCUGUAGACCCCUCAUCUUCCACAACUGGAGGUUCCUUAUUGGGUGACAAGACCAGGAUGCCAGAGUUGUCACGAGACAUGAACGCGUACAUCCGACCUUCGCCGACCUCCGGCACGCUGGGCGGGGUCAACAGGAGAACCAACGAGGCCAUCGUUCUGUGUGAGGGGGCGGGGUAUGAUGUCAUACUGGUGGAAACAGUAGGUGUUGGACAGUCAGAGUUUGUAGUUGCUGACAUGGUGGACAUGUUUGUGCUGUUGGUCCCUCCAGCAGGUGGGGACGAACUACAGGGUCUGAAGAAAGGCAUUGUGGAGGUGGCAGACUUGGUUAUUGUGAACAAGGCUGACGGAGACCUGCUGCCUGCCGCACGGCGUAUACAGGCAGAGUACACGUCAGCACUCAAACUCAUCAGGCCCAGGUCACACGUGUGGAGACCCAGGGUAAUACGGGUGUCCUCGUUAACCAGGGAGGGGAUCCCCAAAGCGUGGGACAGGAUGACAGGGUUUCGGAACAAGACCUGGAACUCGGGAGAACUGGACAUGAAACGGCGUCGACAACACCGGGUCUGGAUGUGGAACCAUAUACAAGACAGCAUGAUCAAGCUGUUCCGUCAACAUCCGGGUGUACAGAGAUUGAUUGACGGGACAGAGGACCGAGUCAUGCGGGGAGAGAUCACACCAGGUGCUGCCGCUGAUGCCUUGCUCCGUGAGUUCCAGAAAUCCCCGAAAAUAAGCAAUCCAGAACCGAAACUGGACGAGCUGUAACAGGGCUGUCUCCAGGACCCGUUCCGGGCCUCAAUUUUCUUGUUGUAACAGGCAAAAAUUUUACCCUGUCCGUCUCAAUAAUCUGAGCUUCAUGACAUGAAAAAUAUUUUAAAUGAAAGAGGAAAGUUUUACUCAAUGGAAAUUUGGUUCCCAAAAUGUGUGCGAUUCACAGGGUUGGAAUUUGGACAAAUUUCCUGGGUAGCAUGCCCCAGGACCCCAAUAGUUUUAGUGCCCACCCCACACCCUACCCAGCAUUGAGUGGAAGAGACAAAAAAUGGAAAGCUGGAGGCAGCCCUGAGCUGUAUGAAGGGUUUUAUAUGUGUCGUUUUGUGGUCAACUACAGUUUAUAUGGACAGAAAUUCAUGUUGCGGAAUGAUACCAAAGUCAUACACUCCCAAAAGAGCAUGUUGGCAGAACCCGCAAAACCUGAAUUUUUGACUGUUUUCGUUACAAGUUUAGUCAACGUUGCAUCAAGG